AUGAAGCUCACACUCGCCUCCCUUUCCAUCCUGUCCAUGGCACUGGGUGCCUGGGCACGGCCGCCCGCGUCAGGGCCCUAUGGAGACGCCGGGACGACGGUUGGUGGCGAACCAAGCGAUACGAUUCCCGUGACCGUCGACUUCAAGCCCGUCCCGCAGGGCUCGACCAACGUCCGAUACUACCACAUACAGCAGAACGGCACGCUGCGGAUCUACACGCGUCCUGAUGGCGUCAAGUCGCUGUCGUACGUCAGCGCCAACUACAUGCCCAGGACGUGGCAGCUCGGCGACAACCAGAGCCACGCAUGGCUGUGGGUCUCCCUGAACGCGGCGGACGAGAUCCCGUGCGGCAAGCGCCCUCGCGCGCCAGGCAACGACCACCUGUACUCGGCCUGCGAGUACUUUAGCGAUCCCCGUCACUUUGACGACUACCGCUUUGUCGACGGCAAUGCCAAGAACUCUCAUCCCGUCGGACCGUUCACGUCGUUCUCGCGCACCUGA